UUCACCGGCACGACCCGUGCCCACCCCGGCCUCGACCAGGCCCUCACCGCCGUGCGCGAAGGAGACACGCUGGUCGUGCCGAAACUCGACCGGCUGGCAAGGUCCGUCCCAGAUGCGCGCGCCAUCGCCGAUCAGCUUCGGGAACGAGACGUCAAACUGGCCCUCGGACGGGCGCUCUACGACCCGGGCGACCGCUGGGAAGGAUGUUUCUUCAAUAUCCUCCCCACCUUCUCCGAGUUCGAAGCCGAUCUCAUCCGCAUGCGCACCCGCGAGGGCAUGGCCAUCGCCCGCGCCAAGGGGAAAUUGCGCGGCAAGCAGCCCAAACUGUCCGACAGACAGCAGCGGGAACUCUGCCGCAUGCAUGCCACGGGCGAGUAUUCCAUCAGCGAUCUCGCCGAGCUCUUCUCCGUCUCAAGACCAACCGUCUAUCGUACACUCAACCGGCGCCUUUCCUCUUAG